GCCGCACAAAAGAUUGCUAUAGGCUUAAGGCGAGGUUGCAGCGGAGGCAACGGGAGGGAAAAGGGCGGCGGAGGGAGGGAGCCAGGCAGGCAGGCAAGCAAGCAGGCGCGUCGGCUAGGGCGCACGGCUGCCCGCCCUUCCCAGCCCUGCAGCAGCCAAGGCAUCCCCGCCGGGCGGUGGAAGCCACCGCAAAGGCGGGCGCCGCUUAGCAGGCAUCCCUCCCCCACUUUUUAAAAGAAAGUUGGGAAGUCGGGAGACACCCCCCCCUCCCCAACCCCGCUCCUCCCCGCAGAUAGGAAGUGUUGCUUUCCGGCCUCGGAGCCCUCCACCCUUCUGGAAGUCGGGGCGUCCUCAAGGGGGGGAAAAGCUAGCCAUGGCCGGAGGAAGAGACCGAAGCCAGCGAGGAUCCCGUCCCCAGGGGCUCCCCGGGCAGCCCUCCACCUGACCGGCGACGCGAGCCCGAAGUUCUCCACCCGCCAAGCGGAUGCGCCAACGCCUUGGAGGCCGCCGGAGAUGCGUCUUCCCGGAAACGGGGGAGCCAAGUGGGUGGUGUGAUCGGGGCAAAAGAGGAGAAAAAACGGCCCAGAGGAUUCCUGGUCGGCGAAGGAAGGAAGGUGGCCGCCGAGCAAGAGGCGCUGCCUCGCCCGCCCGUUGCGCCGCGUCUUCUCCCGGACGCUCGUGUCCUGCUUUGCUCCGGAGGUCUGCAUCGCGGCGGCGGCUGGGUUCUUCCUCGCCUCUCUCCGAAAGAAAAGUCAGCCAGAGCCGCGAAGAUGCCCUUAAAGAACCGAGGGUUUGUGGGUCCCAUGAGCCAGGGGCGGCCACCGCAGCGUUUUUCAUCCACAGGCUGGAUGUUGUGACCGGUGUCUGGAGUGCCAGCAUCUUGGGAAGGUGGAGGGGCACUGAUCGCUUCUGCUUGAUUCUGACUUGGUGGUGGGUCUACCAGCCCCUUUCCUCUUCCUCUGGUGCUCCGAGACUCUGGUUUAUUUGUGCAGAUUAAUGGAAUGAUGGUUCGGAAAGGGCAGAGCGAUCCUGCCGGGCUCAGCGGGGACUCCUCGGGAGGCAGCUGGAAGUGGAGUGGUGGCAGCAGUGGGGUCCCCAGAGGCAUGCGUGUGCCCCUCCGGCACCAUGGCUAGCGGCGGCUCUGGGAAGUCCACUGCUGAGACAUCCACCCCCGGCAGCAGCUCUUUGCCAAGGAAGAAGCUUGUGGCCACCUGUGACCUCUGCAAGAUCAAGAUGCAGCUGGUAGCUGAUCUGCUCCUGCUAACCAGCGAGAGCCGGCCUGUCCAUACGGAGAGCUUGUCUGUCUUCGGAGAAUCCUUUGAAAAGUGCAGGGACACCAUCAUCGCCAGGACCAAAGGCCUCUCCAUUUUGACCCAUGACGCCCAGAGCCAACUCAACAUGGGCCGUUUCACCGAGGUGGGGGACAUCCUGGGAGAGAUGGGGGACUUGGUGGUCUCUUUGACAGAGUGCUCGGCCCACGCCGCUUACCUGGCAGCGGUGGAGACGCCAGGGGCUCAGCCGGCUUUACCCGGCUUGGUGGAUCGCUAUAAAGUGACCAGAUGUAAGCACGAGGUGGAACAUGGGUGUGGGGUCUUGAAGAGUACCCCUCUGGUUGACCUAAGCCCUCAGCUCCUUUUAGAGGUCUCUCAGAACAUGUCCAAGAACUUGAAGUUCCUGACCGAUGCCUGUGUCCUGGCCAGUGAGAAGUCCAAGGAUAGGUUUUCCAAGGAGCAGUUCAAGCUUAGCGUCAAAUGUAUGAGCACCAGCGCCUCUGCUCUCCUGGCCUGCGUCCGGGAGGUCAAGACGUCUCCCAGCGAGCUGACACGCAACCGGUGCGUCUUGUUUAGUGGACCUUUGGUGCAGUCUGUGUGUGCGUUGGUUGGCUUUGCCACAGAGCCUCAGUUUUUGGGUAGAGCGGCCACCAUCAACCCAGAGGGCAAAGCUGUGCAGACAGCCAUUUUGGGCGGCGCGAUGAGUGUCGUCUCGGCUUGUGUGCUCCUUACUCAAUGCCUCAGGGAUAUAGCCCAACACAACGACAGUAGCACCAAGAUGACUGAAUACAGGGAAAGGUUGAGGAACUCGGCGUGUGCGGUCUCCGACGGCUGCAACCUGUUAUCUCAGGCCCUAAGGGAACGCUCGUCACCCCGGACUUUACCACCAGCAAAUGCAAAUUCUGUGAAUUAAUCUAUUCAUUUUUAGAUUGCAUGGCUAACAUAAAGAUAUGACAUCCCUUUCCUGCCCCAGAUUUUCUUUUCGUAUGCCAAAGAAUUUGUGUAGCGCAGUCCCUUAAUUCUUCUUAUUGCUAAAGUAACAGUGUGAGGAGGCUGUGAAACCAUAUGCUUUUUUAGCUUACAUGUCAUAAUCGGCAUGGAUGUUUUACCUGGGGGAGGGAACAGGAUGCACAUUCCCCCCCCCAAAAAAAAAUCUUUAAAUUAUCCAAGCAGCCUUACAUUUAAGCAUGGAACUGUAGGCAGCUUGUAAUGGUCAAAGACAGGCAGGUAGAAUUCCAUUCAGGCAAGCGAGCAAAGGAAACUUGCAGGUCCUUACUUCCUUCUGCUUGGCCCAAAAUCAAGGUCAGUUCUUGGAGGACAAGGCUCUCCUCUUUUGUAGGCCUUGCACAAAGUGAUUUAAAUUCCCUGUUCUUCUAUUGCUGUCUUGCCAGCAGGCUCCUAGGACCUUGCCCAGGCUUAGUAAACUUUGGAAUGAUUCCCUAAGGCUUGCAUCCAAGCUGGUUCUGCUUAUAGUUUCAUAGAAGAGCAGAGUUCAUUGCUUCCUUCUUUUGUUGAAGCCUGUGGUCAAACAGGGGUUACAGUAAUCCUGGGAAAGGUUUACUGACGGGGGUGGGUCCAAGCUUUAAUCGUGCUGGAUGCGAUUUUUAAAAUGUUAGGAGAUACGGGGUUUUGUGGGAGGAGGGUGGUUCUACCAAAAUCUUCUCCUAGAUUUUAUUUGUUUAGUUGAGCAGGAAGAAGAAAAAAGGAGAGGGAGAAAAAGUUACCUCAGUUUUCAUACACUCUGGAAGACAAAACUUUUAAGAAUGGGUGUAGCUAUGAGUUUUGUUUUGUUUUGUAUGGUUACUUUUGAAUCGAGUGAUGGGUUAGAAGUGCAUUUGCAGGGAAAGCAAAUGAGGCUGGGUGUCACUUUUCAAUGGGGGAGCUACUGUGAGUGUGUUAAAAUAGGGAUUGGGUAAAUUACACUAUAACAAUGAGUGAUUUUGAUUUUUAAUUAUUAUUUUUUCAGUGUUUUUUUUUAAUCUUGCAUGUACUGGAGUAUUUAUUUCAUCUAUUAAAAUGUUGUUUCUCAGC